AAAUAUUUCGUUUUUAAGCAUUUUCAAAGAGCAUCGAUUUACUAUUUAUCAGUAAUGGUCGAUGCUGAAGAGGAUAUUGGCUCACGUUACUUAUUUUUGUUGCAGCCAGUGAAAGAUUUGGCAAAAAAUUGGAAUAUAGAUAUUGCUGCUUAUCUUUUAGAUUUUAUUGAAAGGUUGAAAGCGAUACAAAGUGAUGAACGAUUGGAAAACAAAAAUUUUAAUUUUGCUGAAGCUGGAUUGUUGAUUCAAGGCACUGCAAUGGUUUAUGGUAGAAAAGUGGAAUAUAUUCACCAAAUUGCGAUGCAACUUUUGGAUAAACUUAAAGAAAGAGGAAGUCGAAAAAGAAAAGCUGAUGAUAACUGUACAAAUGAUGAAAUGGCCGAAAUGGAUGAAAGUAGUGAAACUGAAACGGAUAUUUUUGAACCUAUCGAUUUUUCUAAACUAGUUCCCAGUAAGCUGCAAAGCUAUAUCCUUAAACAACCGUUGAAAGUAACGAAAUUGAUUUCUCAAAUACCAAUUUCACUUACGGCACUAACUGAUUAUGAAAAAACAAAUGUACAAUUAUUUUCACGUCGAAAUAAGAACGAGUUAAUCGGGAAAAAGGACGAUUUCAUUAUUAAUACUGGAUUUGUUCUUAAGAAUGUGCGAUAG